AUGACGACCAUUCACCACAAGCAGAUGCUUCAGGAGCACGUGUCCAUGGAGUUCUCCAGCUCUACCACCCACGUGCAGACCUUCUCCUAGACAACCAAGAUCGUGGGAGAGGAAGUGAUGAGGAGGAAGUUCUCCAGCUCCACAGAGUUCUUCAGUUCAAACAUCUCUGCUGGUGAAAACGUCCCGGAGUUGGUGGAGAAGCCUCAGCCGGUUGCCUCACCCAUGGGGGAUGAAGCCAUGUUCUGAGUCCAGGCACAGGGGAACCCCAAACCCAACAUCUCCUGGGAGAGAGAGAACGGCAUGCCCAUCAAGGGGUCUGCCAAGAUCUUCUAUGACAGUGUGAACAAGGAGCACGUGUUGAAGCUAGAGUCACUGACCUUGGACGACUCUGACAACUACAAGUACAUUGCAAGCAAUGACCAUGCAGACUCCAUCUACACCGUAUCCUUGCUGGUGACUGAGGGUCAAGAAAAAUUGGAUUUCAAAAAGAUGUUGAAGAAGAGUGGACCCCCUGCUUCCAAGAAGAGGCAGAAGAAUGUGACAGAUGAGAAAGAGAUGCUGAAGAUUUUUUCCAAGGUGCCCAAGAAGGACUUUGAGGUCUGCAUGGAGUAUGGUUUCACUGACUUCUGGGGGCUGCUGAAGAAGCUCAAAGGGAUGAAGAAAGUGGAGGUGGAGGCCAUCUGAAUUCUGAAACCCCUGGAAGACAUAACAGCCAAGGUGGACACCACGGUGGUCUCUGACUGCAUCAUGGAGCCGAAGGACCCCAAUGUCAAAAUGCUGUGGGUCAAGGAUAAUGAGCCGCUGAGGAUCCGGUACUUCCUGGGGAAGUAUGAUGUGAAGCAGAUGGGCACCGUGUACAUGCUGCCCAUUACCAACGUGAACAUGAGUGAUGCAGGCUCCUACAGCUUGGCCGUGGGCAACAGGCAGAUGAAUGCAGAGCUCACGGUGCCGGGAAUGAAUGAGCCUCUGGGAAAGAUGAAGCCGGUGAAGGUGACAGAGUGCCAGACAGCUGUGUUUGAGAUCUGCCUCUCUAAGAAAGUGCCCGACUUUGUGUGGAAGUUCAAUGGAAAGGAGCUGAAGAGGGAUGAAAAGUAUGAAAUCACAGUGUCUUAGGAUGGUCUGACCCACACGCUUAAGAUUCAGGAUGCCAGACUCAGUGAUGGUGGCAAGUUCUCUGCCAAGGCAGGAGAUCUGCUUCAGAAGACCCAGCCCACUACUGACCAUGAGGGCAUCCCUGUAAAAUUUGCGAGCACCCUCAAGAAUGUGUAUGUGAAAGAGAGGAGCCGUGCCUGCCUUGAGUGUGAGCUGACAUCCAAGGAUAUGACCUUGUACUGGAAGAAGGAUGGGCAGCUGCUGGUGCGAAGCUCCAAGUACAGCAUGAACCAUGAGGGCAAGAGAGCAGAGCUGUUCAUUGAGGACGCACAGCUCACUGACAGUGGCAAGGACACUGUGGUAGCCAUGCAGGAUGGGGACCUCACUGAAUACUACUGCACUGCUAUGGUCACCAUGGAAGAGUGACUGGCCACUGUCAAGAGCACAAUAUCCGACGUGAACGCGGCCACCGGGAGCCCAGCUGAGCUGUUCCUAGUCGAUGAGAAGGUGGAGGGCUUGCGACUGGAGGAUAGCAAAGAGGUCCAAGAUCCUGGCGUGCGGGUCCUGAAGCAGGGUGCGGUUCACAAGUUCAGCUUCCUCAGUAUGGGGCCCGACCUCGAGGGCAAGUACUUCAGGGCCAAGGGUGCAGAGAGGGAAGCCUCGGUGUUUAUUGCGGAUCCGCCAAACAUCUGGUCCGUCCUGGAGGCACUGGCCGCGCACCCGGUGACCGUGAGGGUGAGCCACACCGCAAACAUCAAGGUGCCCUUCCGGGAAAAGCCGCUGCCCAGAGAGACGUGGUACAAGGAAGGCACGAAAAUGACAGAGGAACGCGCGUCAGUGGAGCGUGGCGACGACCAGGCGCUGCUCGCCAUUUCAAAGUGCCUGCGACAAAGACGAAAUAAGUGUGGGGGUGGACGAGUUGUCUAUGUCACCUGGGACACCCCAGGCCUGGUGCAAGACCUGCACAUGUCUGAUUCCUCCAACACCAGCAUCUCCCUGGCCUGGCGAGAGCCUGCAGGGGGAGACCCACCCUCUGGCUACAUCCUUGAGAUGCGGGCUGAAGAUACCAUGGAGUGGUCCAAGGCCACAGAGAUCCCCACAGGCACCUGCUACACAGCGGGCGGCCUCACUGAGGGGCAGAAGUACUUCUUCCGAACUGGGGUGAACGAGGCUGUGGUUGGGGAGGCAGUAAAGCUGGACGAGAGGGCCUGUGCCAUGCCACCACCAGCUGCUCCCAAGUUUGACCUGAGUGCCUGGUUGAAGAGUCACAUGGUGGUUUGCGCUGGGACAGCCCUCUGCAUCCACGCCUCCUUCUCUGGCUCCCCACCACCCAACGUGAUCUGGCUGAAAGAAGGCAUCCCUACCAAGGGCCGGGAAAUUAUCACCAAGAGCAAAAACCGCUCCCAGUUCCUCACCAACAGCACGAAGUGUUCUGACUCAGGGGUGUACCGCAUUGAGCUCCAGAAUGUGUCUGGAGAGGUGUAUCACGACUUCCACAUGCGUGUGACAGAUUUUCGGCGGCCACCCACAAACCUACAGCUGUUUGAGGAGGUCAUCAACACGGUGACUCUGACCUGGAACCACAGCUCCGACCUGCAGGAGGGCGGCGAGGCCCACUACGCCAUAGUGGAGCGGGAUGCCAGCACAGCCACCUGGUUCACGACGGUCGACAGCGUCUUCAGCAACAAGUACACGGUGAGACUCGCUCCCCGCAGGAAGUACUUUUUCCGAGUGCUGGCCCAGAACGAAGCGGUGACUCCAAUGAUACCUGCCUGGCUCGUCAACAACAAGGACAAGAUCGAGGAUCUGAGCGCCAAGCUGAAGCCGUACCAGCAGAAGGACUGGCGCCACGUGCCGCGCUUCCUGACCCCGCUCAAGCCGCACACGGUGCUGCGUGGCCAGGAUUGCACCGUGACCCGCGCCUUCCUGGGGAACCCGCAGCCCACCGUCACCCUCUGCAAGGGCCAGAUCCAGGAGUUUGGAGGUUCCCUUGUCCCUAGGGUCAUUCACACUGACAUUCUUUGCUCUUUCAAAGAUGACAAGUCAAUUCUAGCAUCUGUCACUGAGAGUCUGCAGAAGAAAUUAAAGCACCUUAAGUGAGCUCCAGCCCAGCCCAGGCAUCAGGAGGAUGUUGUGAUGUGGGGCUUCUUGGCCUGUCCUCUGUGUGGUCCCGGUGAGGAAGGCCCUGUAUGGUCUGUGGUGUUUGUCAACAUAAACAUUCACUGAAGGGAUGGGACAAUACACUGAGUGUGCCUUUGCGUAUAUUCCUGACAUGGUGUGCACCAGGGACCAAGGAAAUGGGACUUGGGAGUGAGAUGGGCAUACUCAGAAGACCAACCCCUGAGAGCCUGCUCUAAACCCACCCACAUGGGGAGUGACCAGUCCCCUUUUGGCUGGGCCUUGCCCUGCCUUCCCCUCCUCCACAACUGCACUGUACCUUGCCCUCCCCUCAGGGCUUAGCAGGGAAGUUUUCAACUUCCUCCCCAGCCUGCUAAGCCUACAAGUAGGUAUGUCUUCAGUUCUGGGAUUUAAAUGGAUCAAGACCUUGCCUCUUUAGUGUCCAGGGUUCCUACUAUCUGGGCAUCCCAUGUGGCUGAGUGGUGAAGAAUUCACUUGCCAAUGCAGGAGAUACAGGUUCGAUCCCUGGGUCAAGGAGAUCCACUGGAGAAGGAAAUGGCAACCCACUCCAGUAUUCUUACCUGAAAAUCCCAUGGACAGCGGAGCAUUGUGUGCUACAGCCCAGGGGCUUGCAAAGAGUUGGACACAAGUAAGUGACUGAGCACACACUCAUGCUUACUCAUACUCUUUGAGAAUUAAGAGAAUCUGAGAGCUAGAAGGGACUGGUCAUCCACCUCACUAUGUUCGACAGCAGCAAACUCUUCCUUAAAAAAUUUUAAGCUACUGGACCUGAAACAAGGAUGGGGGUCUUUGAACCUCCCUCCUCUACUUUAUUCUUUUGCUAGUUCCCACCAGCAGGGCUUCCCUGGUGGUUCAGCUGGUAAAGAAUUGGUCUGCAAUGUGGGAGAACCUGAGUUUGGUCCCUGGGUUGGGAAGAUCCCCUGGAGAAGAAAAAGGCUACCCACUCCAGCAUUCUGGCCUGGAGAAUUCCAUGGACUGUAUAGUCCAUGGGGUUGCAAAGAGUCCGAUGCGACUGAGUGACUUUCACUUUCAGCUCCCAACACUAAUCUCUGUACAGAUGCUAGUUUGAAAAUUACUGAUUCAUCCAACACCCAUACGGAGCUUGAGUCUAUCACAUCCCCACAACUGUACAACCCCUCUACUGAUGGGAGUAUUCAUUACCAUCCAUGACUUCCCUUUUUACUCUGGGUCAGGGAGCUGCUCAUUAAGAUGAAAAUGCCCCUGGAGUCAGGUGACAAGUUAUUCUGCCAGGGCUUCACAUCUAAA